AUGAGUGACAAGCCCAAGCGAGUCGCCGUGAUUGGCGCUGGCAUCAGCGGAGUGGUGACUGCUGGUCAUCUGCUGGCUGUUGGGAUUGCAGUGACUGUCUUCGAGAGAAGUCAUGCCGCUGGGGGCGUUUGGCUAUAUGACAAGCGAACUCCAAUUGAAGCCCAUUAUCCAUCCCCGAGACCGUCUGUGUCGCAGGAAUAUGUAAACGACGAGCGCGAGGGGAAAGAGCGGAAGAUAUUGCUUCAUGCGCCGCCUGGGCCUUGCUAUGAAAGCCUCACGAAUAAUGUCUCCACUCCGUUGCUAGAGACCAAGCUGAAUUCCUGGCCAGAGGGAACAGCGCCCUUUGUGAGACACUUUGUUCUCAAGGACUAUAUUCAGGAUACGGCGAAGAAGGCUGGCGUUGAUGAUGUGACUAUAUAUGGUGCCCAAGUGACCAAGGUCUAUAAGGAGGGACCGACGUGGACGGUGAAGUGGACUACUCUGAGCGAGAAUGAUGAAGAGAUUGUUGAGAAUGAGGAUUCUGCAACAUUUGACUCUGUCAUUGUCGCUUCGGGCCACUAUCAUACGCCUUUGGUUCCUGAUAUCAAGGGACUUCCCGAGGCGAAAGCUCAAUGGCCUACGAGGAUCUAUCAUUCCAAGUCUUUCCGCAGAUCAGAGGGCUUUGAGGGAAAGAAUGUCCUCCUUCUAGGCGGAGGAGUCUCCUCCCUAGACAUCGCCAAAGAAAUAAGCAAAACAGCCAACAAAAUCUACCAAAGCACACGCAACGGCGCCUUCGAUCUUCCAGAGACUGCCCUCCCGGAAAAGACCCAACGAAUCGGCGAAGUAGCCUCAUUCAACAUCUCGCCUUCAACUUCACCCUCUUCAACCAGCCACCUCCCCUUAACGGUAACCCUCAAAUCAGGAGAAAGCCUCGAAGGAAUCGACACAAUCGUCCUAUGCACCGGAUACCAAAUGUCUCUCCCCUUCUUGCCCCAAUACAACAACCACGCCAUAUCCGCACCCGAAGCAAACGAAACCGUCCUCGUAACAGACGGCGCCCAAAUCCACAAUCUCCACGACGACAUCUUCUACAUCCCAGAUCCCACUCUCGCAUUUGUGGGUAUCCCCUUCUACACCGCGACCUUUUCUCUCUUCGAGUUUCAGGCUCUCGCCGUGACGGCGUUCCUAUCCGGGACCGCCCAGCUUCCUUCUACUGCAGUUUUACGUGCUGAAUAUGAGACGCGGUUAAGGGAGAAGGGGUAUGGACGUAGUUUUCAUUCGCUCAAGGAUCAGGAGGAGCCUUAUGUUGUGAAACUCAUGGACUGGGUCAAUGCCGGCAGGGCUGUUUGUGGCUUGUCUGCUAUUGAGGGGCAUACUCAGACUUGGAUUGCGGAGAAGAUUGCUAUGAGGGAGAGGUUCCGGUUGUUAUUUGCUGGACUGCUUCCAAAAGAGGUUCCCAAGGCCCCUGAGAGCACUUUGGUGGAGGUUGCUGCUUGA